CUGAGACGUCAUCUGGCUGCGCGAAACGAGCGGUUGUUGACAGGCUGCAGAGGUGGCCUAAGGGGAGCUGCGGGGAAACCUAUCAUGCCUGACUGGGCAAGCUGUCCUGGGCCGAGGCCUCUGGGCUGGGGAUGAAAGAAACGGAUCAGAUGCAGAGUCUGGAGGGCUCCGGGGCCGAGAGGUCAGUCGGCACGCAGACGGGCAGCAUGACGGGUCAAAUACCAAGACUUUCUAAGGUGAAUCUUUUCACUGUGCUCAGUCUCUGGAUGGAGCUCUUCCCAGGAGUAGACACCCAAGGGCCAAAACCUCAGAAAACUGAAGAGGAAAACCGUGGUCCCUUAGGAGAUAAUGAAGACUUGACCAGAGUAUCUACUGACAAAAAACAGGUGAAGAAAACUGGUCUCGUGGUGGUGAAAAACAUGAAGAUCAUUGGUCUCCACUGUUCCAGUGAAGACUUGCAUACUGGGCAAAUUGCUCUUAUUAAGCAUGGGUCCAGGCUGAAAAACUGUGAUCUUUAUUUUUCAAGAAAACCAUGUUCUGCGUGUUUGAAAAUGAUAGUAAAUGCUGGAGUUAACCGAAUUUCUUACUGGCCUUCUGACCCAGAAAUAAGUUUGCUCACCGAGGCUUCUAGUUCUGAAGAUGCAAAGCUAGAUGCCAAAGCCGCAGAAAGAUUGAAGUCAAACAGCCGGGCCCAUGUGUGCGUCUUACUGCAGCCGCUGGUGUGUUACAUGGUGCAGUUUGUGGAGGAGACUUCUUACAAAUGUGACUUUAUUCAAAAAACUGCAAAAGCAUUGCCGGGUGCUCACACUGAUUUUUAUUCUGAAUGUAAACAAGAAAGAAUAAAAGAAUAUGAAAUGUUAUUUUUGGUUUCAAAUGAAGAAAUGCAUAAGCAGAUACUGAUGACUAUAGGUCUGGAGAACCUGUGUGAAAACCCCUACUUUAGCAAUCUAAGGCAAAACAUGAAAGACCUGAUCCUACUUUUGGCCACAGUAGCUUCCAGUGUGCCCAACUUGAAACACUUCGGAUUCUACUGUAGCAACCCAGAACAGAUUAAUGAGAUUCACAAUCAGAGUUUGCCACAGGAAGUUGCAAGGCAUUGCAUGGUGCAAGCCAGGUUAUUGGCAUAUCGAACUGAGGAUCAUAAAACAGGAGUGGGAGCUGUCAUUUGGGCAGAAGCAAAAUCUAGGAGCUGCGAUGGGACUGGAGCCAUGUACUUCGUGGGAUGCGGGUACAAUGCCUUUCCCGUCGGCUCUGAGUAUGCUGACUUCCCACACAUGGAUGACAAGCAUAAGGACAGAGAAAUACGGAAAUUCAGAUACAUCAUACAUGCGGAGCAGAAUGCUUUGACCUUUAGAUGCCAAGAUAUAAAACCAGAAGAACGCAGCAUGAUUUUUGUGACAAAAUGCCCUUGUGAUGAGUGUGUGCCUUUAAUUAAAGGUGCAGGCAUAAAGCAGAUCUAUGCUGGUGAUGUAGAUGUUGGAAAAAAGAAAGCGGACAUCUCUUACAUGAAGUUUGGGGAGCUUGAGGGUGUCCGCAAAUUCACGUGGCAGUUGAAUCCAUCUGAAGCUUAUAGUCUUGACCCAAAGGAGCCUGAAAGGAGAGACAAUUAGAGUUUUAAAGGAAUAUGUAGAAUUCACACCAUGGGGACCCACUAUGACGUGAAAUAAACGAUGUGGCUGCAUCCCUCAACAUGGAUGGAUCAUACAGUGUUGACAGAAGACCGUAAACUGCAGUGCCGAGCUGUAGACUAUUAAGAGGAAGCCAAGCAGUGCACUGUUUCACAUAUGCAGUAAUAUCUAAGAAGCAGUGAAGAGACAAGCCAGACCGGCCCUGGGCGGGCAGGCUGGGAAGGCAGUGUGUGGGGGUUGGGGGGAUUGAGUUGUUUGGCAGCAGUUCUCUUGGUCCCAGACCAAGUUCCUGCAGAUUUAAGCAAGAUAACUCUUUGGGUAUGAUACAUUCUUAAAUGCUUGCUUCUUUGUUUUAUUAUGUGCCUCAGUAGUAAAUAUAUUUUGAAUGUUUCAAAUAUAGCACAAAAAGUUCAGCAGGGCUUUUGGGCCCCCUCGGGAAGAUGGUUAUGGCAAUUUUAUCAAGAAGCUAGAAGAGAGGGUGGGAGGGAACUUGCAGGUGGUGGUUUGCUGAUAGGUUCGCAGAUGUCUGGUUAUGCCAAACUCAUUGGGGUUUAUGCUGUUAAUAUCCUAUAAGCACAUGUAGCCUUUGGCACUGAUAAAGCCAUUAGAAACCAAAAACUAAAAAGAACUUGAAGCCAGACCCUUCUCCUGGCACAUGUCUUCUGAGAAUGCCAGCUUCUUAUCUUGGGAGCCUGCAAACAGGAGUCCAUUCUCUGCUCCAAGCAGUUUGAACCUCUCUCGGGAGGACACACAGGUGUUUGUUGUCUCUUCCAGAUAAAUAAUGACUCCUGUAUAAGCCCCUUCCCAAGCAAGUUAUGUUAUUUGCUAUACAUUGCUAAGUGAAUCCUGUUUAUCGAGGGUUAUCAGAUGCUGUACUAGCCAUGAGUUGUCUAGACUAGAUACAGAAUACAUUUUAAAGUUGAAGGUUGAGAUACAGUAUGUGUCCCUUUGCCGUAAGCAUGAUUUGUCCUCCCAGCCUGAGUGGCUGGCCCAGGUCCCUGUGGGCUCUGUGUGUGCUUCCUGACAUGAAGUUAUUCUUGCA